AUGUGGACAUUUUUCCUGUGUACAGUCAUCAGUACAGAUCCACUGGUACCAUUAGGAAUCUGUCAGUCAGUGGACGGUGGACUACUGGUCACCUUGAUUGAAAAUGGAGCAGAUUACUACAAACUGGACUCACACAGCAGACGUCUGUCAGUGGACGGUGGACUACUGGUCUCCCUGAGAGAAAGGGAAUCAGAUCUUUACAAUUUAAAGUCACACAGCAGACGUCUGGUGAGACACUUCACAGUGAGAGGUGACGUCAUCCAUGAGUAUGAGUACCAGGAGGACGGUCAGACCAGACUGUUUACAUUGCCAUACAGAAUGACACAGAGCAGUAACAGUGGUAUUUGUGUUGUGAACCGUACAAAUGAACAUGUAGGUAAUCUAGUAAUUAUGUCUCCUUCUGGUCGUAUAAAGUCUGUCUAUCGUGGACAGAACCUGAAAAAUAAAUUUAGUCCAUUUGAUGUAGAUUGUGACUCCUUUUGUAAUAUCCUUGUUACUGAUAUUUACAACAAACAGAUCCAUCUACUGAGUCCUGGAGGGGACUUCUUGAAGUUCUUACUGUCAGAGAAUGAAGAGAACGCUCCAUACACUUUAUCACAUAACAAGUCAACAUUGUGGGUGAUGCAUUGGGAAGGACUUGACAAAUUGAUUAAAUACAGAGUGUAA